AUGGGCAUGGAUCACUACAGGAUUGUAAGACAACUGGGCGGGACGACGGCGACGUACCUGGCUGUAGACAAGCAAGAUGAGGGAAAGAAGGUGGUCAUCAAGCGUUUGAUGGAUGGAACACAAGGCGUGCAGGAGUUGAACGUGUCGUUGCGGGUGCAGCACCCAAAUAUCAUACCUUUUUUGGAGUCGUUUGUGCACGACAGGGCGCUCUACGUUGUGCUCGCGUACGCAGAGGGCGGUGACCUCGAGGCAUACUUGGAGGAACUGCAGCGUGAGAAAAAGCCGCUGCAGCAGGUACUUCUGUUGCGUUGGUUUGAGCAACUUCUUCGGGCGUUGCAGUGCUGUCAUGGGCAGAAUAUCAUGCACCGGGAUGUGAAGCCCAGCAACAUCUUCCUCAACGCGGACGCGACGGAAUUGUACCUCGGCGACUUUGGUUCCGCCAAGGCGCUUCUGCGCUCCGCCUCGCUGACCUCCACCUUCGUCGGCACACCAUUCUGGAUUUCGCCGGAGCUGCUGAUGGGGACGCCGUACAGCUUCCCCUCCGAUGUCUGGUCGCUCGGUUGUGUCUUUUACGAGAUGGUGGCGCUGCGGCGGCCGUUUGCCCCAACUAGUUUUGCGAGCCUCGUGCAGCAGAUCACGUCGGGUGACAUCGCCCCGUUGCCGGCGUCCACUCCGGAGGACAUACGCGCCAUCGUCGUGUCCAUGCUUAACGUGAACCCGGCAAGACGGUGCGGCCUCGAGAAGGCGUUGGAGAUGACGGAGCGGGCCAUUCAUGCCCGCACGUGCGCAGCGGCAAAAAGCGCGACGGAGCGGGUGAGGAUUGAGAGGCCCCCGCCGCCGAAUAUCCCCAGACGCGCCGCGGGGGCGAGUCCAAAUAAACACCAGCCACCGCAGCCACCCCGACGGCCGUCCCCAGUGGAGGAGACCUCCCCCACGGAAAUUCGUAGAGGCAUGAUGGAUGUGGUGGUGGUGGAGAGGAAACUAGCGGACUGGAUUCACGCACGCAACCACGAUGUGAAUAUCAUCGAGCGCUACCUCACGAAGUUCCGCCAGUCCGAUGAACAGGUCCUGGCAACAACCACAACCAACUCCUCAUUAGUGGACGCCCAGCGCGACCGGCAACGUGAUCGAGAUCGAGGGCGGUGCGUCGCGGUGUCGCCCCCCAAAAUAACGACACCCCCGCGCAGGGAGACGCAGGAAGACGACCCCCAUUCAAAGCCAGGCCCCGAGCGCGAGGUGCGGGCGCAGGAGGCAACCCAACUGCCAGCGCAGAGCAAACCAGCUGUCCGGCCAAGGCGCCGCAUCAUGAGCACGAAAAUUAAUGCGGCAAAAAGGGAGCAAAAUGGCAAUCAUGUAAACAGGAACGUGUCACCUUUAGCCCGUGAGCCGUCAAUCUUGCACAGUCUAAACGGAAAUGUUUCUCAGGCAUUCAGACGACUCAGGAGCGCCGCGUCGGUGGCACGAUGGAAUUCUCCUCCCGCGCCGUCCCCACAGCAGGAGGAGGAACGGCAGUUGAACCGCGAAAAACGCGAAAGGGAGCGUGCAAAAAUGCUUGAAAUGAUUCGGGAACGAAAGGCGAAGGCGAUACAAGAACGCAAGGCAAAGGGCAAAAGUGAAGGCCGGGAUGCUGUGGCAGUGGAGAUCGUCCUGCCCGACAAUGUGCGUUAUGUGGGAAGCCCGGUUUAA